CGAACUUCUCGUUGUAUUAUAGUUAUACCGGCCAACUGAAUUUAGCAUCGAGGAAUUGUAUGCUAGUGUGAAACACUGGCUUUUACUAUCAAGAUAAAGUGAGGCAGUGAUGGGUAAAAAGAAAGCUUACAUGUAAGGCUUAAGUGUGACCCAGAAAUCAUGCAGUAUGGUGGUGCAGAUGGCAGCAGCCAUGCUGAAUCAUCAAAUAAUUUGUACUCAAAACAUGAACUUAAGAAGCGGCUAACUUACCUGCAGUAUCAUGUAACCCAAGAAAAAGGAACAGAAAGAGCCUUUAGCGGAAAGUACUACAAGCUAAACGACAAUGGAAUGUAUGCCUGUGUCGUGUGUGGGGAAGAACUCUUUUCCUCUGAAACUAAAUUCCAUUCUGAAUGUGGGUGGCCGGCAUUCUGGGAUGUUGUAGAUAAGAACAAAGUUACAUUUAAAAGUGAUUUAUCUCACGUGGGUAGCAACUUGCUUCUACUUGCCAUUAAACCAGAUCUUGCAAGGACAGAGGUUUCCUGUCGCAAGUGUGGUGCCCAUCUGGGUCAUGUGUUUCAAGAUGGACCCAAACCAACGGGUAAGCGAUAUUGCAUCAACUCGGCUUCCCUGGAUUUUAGAAAAGAUGAGAACAUCUGCAGUGAAUCUUCUGAAAAUGCCGACAAGAACAAGGAAACUGGUGAUAAUGUAACAAAAUGAAUGUUUGAAUGUUAAAUAUGCUUCUUUUUAUGAUUCCAGAAUCAUAUUUAAAACAUGCUCAGUGAUUUUAGAAUUUUAAUUAUAAUAUGCAUGAAAAUUCUGUCCUUUCCUGACAUAAUAACACAUAUUAAAGUUGUUUAUUUUAGUUAAUAAUCAAUGCAAAGUUAUGUGUUAAUGUGGUUUCAAACUACAUAUCAGAGGACUGUAUCAUUAUCUUUAAAGUGUAUGUGAAUUUAUAAGGUGUUAGACGCCAUAGUUGUAGAAAGAAACCAACAAAGAAUUUUUAAAAUGUCUUAAAGUACAAUAAAAUAUUUACUUGAUAAGUUACUGUAUAAAGAUAAAAACUGAUGACAAUCUCGUAGAUUGUACAUUACGAUGUAUUACUUUAUCAUCAUCAGUCAGUUUCUUUCAACAACUGUUGUGUUUAAAAUUUUACACAAGUAUCAUGUUUAAUAAUAUAUCGUAAAUAAUUGUUAAUUCUAGAUAAUUUUGCUGUGUGGGCCAUCACAAAAAUACAUGCAUAUUGAUGCAGUGUAUUUGUUUUUAGUAGAGGAAGGAAAUUAUACAUUCCAGUUUUAAUUAGCUUUAAAGAACACCAUAUUUUUAGUGUAAAUAUAUUUGUUUUUGUUAUAAAAGCUAUUUAUAUAAACAGUGAUUUAUAAAAUCUUGAUUGUGGUUCUUGAAUUCCCAUUUUAUCCCAUCAUGUUAAUCUUCCACAUAUUUUAUACAUUUUUGCUCUAUACACUGCACGUGUUAUAAUAUUUUAAGCACUGUGAAUUUUGAACUGUAUUCAUUGACAGCGAAGCAUCUUGCACUGUAAAGGGUUUUUCUAGUUAUGAAUAUUGUAUAUAUGUUUGGGUUUCCCUUUUUUUAAACAUUUAAGCUUAUCACUUCUUGAAUAAGUAAUCUUUUCAAAGCUAACUUUUUUUAUAAACUUAGAAAACAAAAUUGGUGAUUUAACCAAUAGAGAGAGAGAGAGAAGCACACCCAUUUCUAUAAUAUGAAUAUCUUGAUUUAGAGUCUAGAUAACACAUCUAUUGUAUGUCAUACCAGUGUUUUCUGUGUUUCAUUUUGAGCACCAAAUUAUUGUGUAGAGGUAAGGCUGUGAAAAGUUAUCAUGAUUAAUAUCAGAAUGACUAAAUAUAGUGAGAGCAAGUUAUCUGUCAUUCACCAAUACAAAUGGGAGUGGUUUGAUUCUUUUUGUUUUUUGUAUAUGUUUAUUAAUAAAUCAUUUUUAGUAGUAAAAGGAAUUCAUAAUAAUGAUAACAUUAAGAACUUGUAUGUUUUCAAUGUUAGUCAAUAAUUAUGAGGAUAAUACUUCCAAUGCAUUUAGUUAGAAAUAAAAGUAUCAAAUAAGAUAUGUAGAAAAAUAAAAAAUCACUUUAUUUUCAUAUUCGAUAUCUGUUUAGCAAUAAGUAGUACCAGCUGUUUUUGAAUGAAAAGUAAUUUGGUUAGAUACAAAUUCUGAUAAAUGCAUAGUUAUGUGCAAAUAAGUAAUGGUUUUAUUUACAUUUUCUUGUUCAUAUGUUAAAAUGUCACAUGUUUUAAAUUGUUUCUCUGAAAUGCUUUAUCUUGCACAAAUAACAACAGGAAUUUUUUUUUUGUGAAUGAAUUUAAUUAGUAUUUUAAUUUCUAUGUAAAACAAAAAAGGCAAAUAGCUUUAUGUAUGUAAGUAGAUAUAUUCCACAUUAUGUUUAUCAAAAUCCAUAAUGAUAAAUAAUCCUUGUUUAAUUUACCAUAGAAGAAAUUUAAUUAUUAAGAUGCUGUAGUUUUCAACUGAAACUUCAUACUGACAGUUAGGUGCAUAGUAAUGUUUGUUUUAUUAGGCAUUAGUUAUGUAUGUCGAAAAUACUUAUUUCAUUUUGAAAUUAGCACAGAUAGCCCAUUGUGUAGCUUGGUGCUUAACUUCAAACAAAUAAAAACAUUUUGAAAUUAAAUUACUGUUUUUGAACUAGUUAGUAAUUCUUGGUUAUUCCUUGAGUAAAUAUUGUCUUUUAAAUGCAAAAAUACAUACUUAUAUAAUUAUAAUGUUACUAAAUGUAUUUUUUAUC